GUAACUUGAUGAUACUAUAAUGGUAUAUAAAUGUACGAUAAUUAUUCACUGAUCUCAAAGCGCAUUCACAGAGCUGCCAUGAUGAAACUCAUCUUAGCGCUAUUUGUCAGCUUGGCCAUCAUCGGCCUGGGCCAAUCUCACCAGUUCCCAGAUUUUGGCGAGGGUCCACUUCAUGAAGAUUUUCAAGAUUUUCUCGAUUUAUUUCCUGCGGAACAAGUCGCUCAAGUCGUUGCAGAUUACGUGCAGAAUGAUGAUGAAGUAAAACAUAUUAUUGACUAUCUGGCGAACACGCCUUUAAUAAAAAAUCUAGUGAUAGAUUUUGAGGCUAUUGAUGAAGUGAGGGAUCAUAUUGAUUAUCUGCAAAAUCACGGCAUCUUCAGCUACGAUAUGGUCAAUCAGAUUAAUAGAGCCUUAGGAAUCGAGGAACUUGUACCACCUACGCCAACACCUCCACCACGUCUUCUCCUGAACCUACAACCGAGCCUACACGUCCACCUACAUCGACACCUGAACCUACACCUGAGCCUACAACCGAGAACCUACACCGAGCCACCUACAUCGACACCUGAACCUACACCUGAGCCUACAAGAACCGAGCCACCUACAACUUCAGUUGAACCUGUACCUAUCUCCGUAAUCCAGAGGACCGGUGGACUUUCAGGACUUUUCAAAGACGUCGGAAGUCUUAUGCCUUAUAGCCGCUAUAUUAGUCUAUAUGUAAACAAGUCGAGAAACUCCCACGCCUUCCGCGACUUGCUUCACGAACUUAGACAUGGCACCUUACAACGCAUCGUUAACAAGCUUUACAAAAGUAACUCCUUCCAGAUCAUUCUAAAUGGUCUCAAGAACUUCAACGUGAAUGUGAAAAUUGUAGAAGAUGUCCUGUACAUUCUUUUCGACGUCACUACACCGAGACCUCCUAAAUCGUUAAGGGAACAUCUCAUUGACUUCUUAAAGCUUAUUCCAACAGAACAGUUUACUGAGGUACUAGUCAAGUAUCUAAACGAAGACCAACAAGUACGUGAUGCUAUCACCUUCCUGUUCACACCCGAAUUCCAUGAUCUACUACGCUCCGUCGAAAGUCUUGAGGAACAUCAGAAACUGGUGGUAUAUUUAGAAAAAUUAGGAUUGCCUGUGAUUGAAGGAAUACAGGAAAUGCAUAAGGCUCUCGGUAUGGAAGAUUAUGUGCCCCCUAAAAUAGAAGACUUACUCAAAUCUCAAAUUGGCGCGCAAGAAGUCGGCGAUGGAAUGAAAGGAUUGAUCAGAGAUCUUUAUAAUUUGCUACCUUUACGCAAGAUUGAUGCUCUUUUCCGGAAAAAACUGCAUGACAAAGUCUUUGCUCAUUUCAUCGAAAGCCUUGCAUCUCCGGAAUUUGUAGAAAUCAGCAAGAAUCUGGUAAAUCAUGAAACUUUUAAACAAUAUAUCGCGCAAACCAAUGAAAAGGGAUUGGAGUUACUGGCGUGGGCGAAACUUUCUAAUAGAAUGAUUGGUCUUAAAUGGGAAAGAAUAUUUGUAGCAUUUUGAACAUUUAAUGCAAGCAAAUUAUACGCUAUGUAAUAAUGUAACAUAAGAGUCUUCACUUACUGUGUAAUUAUUAAUAAUAAAUUUAUUGCCUUACACAAAAUAAA